CUCGACGAGCUCAUCACGGCGACCGACGGCUUUGCCGAGGCGCGCAAGGUGGGCGAGGGAGGCUUCGGGCGCGUCUACCGCGCCGACGCGCUGCCGUCGCUUCCGCGCGUCGCUUGCGGGUUCGCUGUCAAGACGGCGCUGGUCGGUGUCGGCGCCCAAGGCCUCGCCGAGCUGCAGAGCGAGGUGCGCACGCUCAGCGCGGCGUGCCACCCGUCCCUGCUCCCUCUGCUCGGCGCCUGCUUGGCGCCGGCGAGAGCGUGCCUCGUCUACCCCCUCUGCCGCGGCGGCAGCCUCGAGGAUCGCCUCUACCGCACUCCAGCCGCGCUGCAGCGGCUCCGCAUGCUCGGCUUCGAGACGCCGCCUCCGCCGCUCUCCUCGGCCGCACGGCUCCGCGUGCUGCGCGACGCGGCGAGUGCAUUGCACUAUCUGCACACGCUCUCGCCGAUGACUCUGCAUUGCGACGUGUCGGCGGGCAACAUCCUGCUCGACGAGCGCGGCAACGGCUACCUCGCCGACGUGGGCCUCGCGCGCGCUGCAGAGGCGACGGCCGGCAGCAGUGGACAGGUUUCGCACCUGUCGACGCAGCGCAUCUUCGGAAAGCCUGGCUACAUUGAUCAGAUCAUUCUCAACGACAACCAGGCUUCGCAACUCACUGACGGCUUCGCACUCGGCAUCACGCUGCUCGUAAGCCUGACCGGCCGCGGCGCCGUCGGCUUGCUCAACGCGUGCGAGGAUGAA